AUGAUUUGAUAGUGACUGGUAGUGAUAUGAAUGAGAUAGAAGCAUUCAAAUCACAGAUGAUGAGUGAGUUUGAAAUGUCAGAUUUAGGAAAAUUGACAUACUUUCUAGGCAUGGAAUUUACUGAAGUUGCAGAGGGAUUGGUGAUGCAUCAAAAGAAGUAUGCAUCUGACAUAUUGAAGAGGUUCAAUAUGAUGAGCUGCAAUCCAUCAUCAUCACCAGCUGAGACAAAUGUAAAACUGGUGAUGAAUGAAGAUGAAGAACCUGUGAAUCCUACAUUGUUCAAGCAAAUUGUUGGUUCAUUGAGGUAUCUAUGCAAUAGUAGACCUGAUAUUGCAUAUGCAGUUGGCAUAAUCAGUAGAUUCAUGAGUGAACCAAGAGUAUCUCACCUGCUAGCAGCCAAAAGAGUGAUGAGAUACAUCAAAGGAACACUGCAGUAUGGUAUUCUAUUUCCUAAAUGUUUGAAUGAUAGUUCUAUGGAACUGAUGGCAUAUUCUGAUGUUGAUUGGUGUGGAGACAGACAAGAUAGAAAGAGCACUUCAGGGUACCUAUUCAAGUUUAUGAAUGCUCCAAUUUCAUGGUGUGCUAAGAAGUAA